GAGAGAGAGAGAGAUUCCAUUUUCCAAUAUUUACAAGUCCUCCCACCAAUCAGUACUGUCUUAAUUCACCAUAGCAUGCAGAGACGCAUUGGAGGGAACUUACACGGCCCACUCACCACUUAUCCCUCUUAUCUCUUCUGUUCCCAAGCCCAUGACACCCCCGUCUUGUGUCCCCAGCUCUCUCUUUAAUAAUUACGCUACUCACCACAAAACUCUUCACAUUUUCCAACCCUUCAAAAAAACUUUCUUCUGAACUACUCUCUUUACUCCCCAAUCUUCUGUGCAGAUCAAACGCCAAAUUAAAGUACCCCCAGUCGUCAGUAAGUUGGGUUAUUAUUGGGUUCACCCAACAGUUCCUUUCCUCUGCCAUUCUGCUACAUCUACCGCGCUCUUCCCCCAUCCCAUUACUUCUCAUAGCCCGUUCCUCCAUUUAUAAAUUAAGGUCUAUCGCAUCUUUUGUUUUUCCAGUUAUUUUUUACGUAAAUUGCUUUCCUCCUCAAGUGGUUUUCCUUCUCUUUUAGAUUUGAACCUUUUGCUUUUUGAUCUUCUUUACGCAGACACAGCAUGGAAGCUGAUGAUCAGGCUGACAAAACGACGACGCAAGCGGCAAAUGGAGGAACCAAUGAAGAAGACACAACACCAAGAGUGUUUCCCUGCUUAUUCUGUUCAAGAAAGUUUUACAGUUCACAAGCCCUGGGAGGCCACCAAAACGCCCACAAGAAGGAGAGGAACGCUGCAAGAAAGGCCAAAAGGGCUUCCGAAUACGCAUUCGCCCACUUCCCAUCAUCUCCGGUAACGCAGCCUCUAUUCCUCGCUCCCGGCCAUCAUUUAGGCCUCUUUAACCCUUCGGUGUACAUCACGGCCCACGCGGCGAGCCUCGGCCACCUGCCCGGAGCCACUCACCAAUUCGCCAACUGGUUCGGACCCAGCGGUGCACCCAGGUUCGACAAUGUGAUGUUCUAUAGUGGGGGUUGCUCAAGCACUGGUGCCAACAGGCCAUAUGAUCAUUGUGAAGAGUACGAGCAAAGCUUCAAGAAUUGGCAAAGAAGCAUAAGAAGCAACGGCGGUUUCAAUAUUAAUGAGGGCUCUGAUUGCCCUCAUCCAUCAGCGAUGAUGAAUAAGGGCAACAGCCUCGGCCGCGAUGACGGAGAUAAAGAUCAAAAGCUUGACCUGUCUCUUCAUUUAUAGAUGGGUAGAAAUAGGUUUAUAUUAAAUUGAAGUGGUGGGUGAAGGAUAUAGCGUAGAACGCUAGCUAACAUUUUCCUGCGGACUAAAUUUUGUGUUUUUUUUUUUUAAUUUUUUUCUCUAGUUCUA